GCAACCUUUCAGUUACUGGCCCAACCACUAGGCUACCUGCCACCCGGAUACAUAUCCAGAUGAUGCUGCCUACUAUUGUGUGCAAUGACACAGUCGGUGUAUUCGAAGCAUUAGCAAACGUUCUCUCUGCGUGGUGUUUUGGGAAACAUGUUAUAUCUUCGGUCGUGCUAGGAAAGAUGCAUGGUUAAAACUCAUAAGCCUAAAUUCCAUCGUUAUCGGGAAACCAGGCCCUGGUCCAGAGCUAGUGGCAGAUUAAAGCUCUGGUCCAAUGCAUUAGUGCAGUGGGCACAUACCAUUUGAGACGCAUGCGCUUUGAGAUUCACUUUCAGUGCGCACCAGGUGCAGCUGCAUGCUUCUCGUUUAAUCAGCCGAUCAUUCGAUUUUAACAUUGGAUGACCCAGAUUCCAUUAUCUUUCCAACUAGGCUACUGUGGUUGUACACCAGUAGUUAGUUCCACAGCUGUUCUCGUAAAUUUGUACACUUGGUUGAUGCACCUUGUUGAAGGAGCUUGCUGCAUGUUCUUGCAUUGUUAUGUUCAGCUGCCCUUAUUUGAGGAUGUCUGUGUUUAGACUUGCACAGAGGGAUUAACUGCGAUUCCACUGUAGUGAGCCUUAUUUUUGUUAGAAACUAGUUUACUCCAAGGCUCAGAGUACAAACAAGCCUGCCUCGUGAUUUUCAGAAGGCCAUGAUUUCCCUGAAGGCCAUGUUAUAAAAAAAAUCCACAGUCAAUAAUAAGUAUAAUUUUUUAAAUGAUUGAGUUCAGCCUCAAACUCUUGAAAUACUUAUCAUCUGAGCAUGGGAGGAGCUUAAUUGAGGUCCCUUCAACCUAGACAAGAGGGCUACACCAUUUUACUGCUGCCAUAGUUCCAGUGACAACAUACCGGUCCUUAAAGCCUAUUCACUUUGAUUCACAGAAAUAAUUCAAACGGUUCAAGAUGACGUCAUGGAGCGACCGCUUACAGAACUUUGCAGACCUCCCAGCCAACAUGGACGGCUUGGCCAUGAAGAAGUAUCGGCGUGAGGCCUACCACAGCUUUCCAAGGGAACUGGCCCAAUACCAUCCUGCAAUGAGAGUUUUUGUGAACAGAAGCUUGGCAAUGGAGAAGAUUAAGUGCUUUGGUUUUGAUAUGGACUACACUCUGGCAGUGUAUAAAUCACCUGAGUACGAGUCGCUGGGAUUUGACCUGACCGUGGAACGUCUCAUCCACAUCGGUUACCCACAGGAGCUGCUCAACUUUGUCUACGACCCCGCUUUCCCCACCAGAGGCCUGUUGUUUGACACGAUGCACGGGAAUCUGCUCAAGGUCGACGCAUACGGCAACAUCCUGGUCUGUGCCCACGGCUUCAACUUCAUGAGGGGGCCUGAGAUCAGGGAGAUGUACCCCAACAAGUUUAUCCAGCGUGGAGACACUGACCGCUUCUACAUUCUGAACACACUGUUCAACCUCCCUGAAACCUACCUCUUUGCUUGUCUGGUUGAUUUCUUCACCAACUGCCCCAAAUACACAAGCUGCGAGACUGGCUUUAAGAAUGGAGACCUCUUCAUGUCCUACAAGAGCAUGUUUCAGGAUGUCCGUGAUGCUGUGGACUGGGUCCACUUGAAGGGAUCUUUGAAAGAAAAAACGGUGGAAAACCUGGAAAAGUAUGUGGUCAAGGAUGGGAAGCUCCCUCUACUCCUGAGUCGGAUGAAUGAAGUGGCCAAGGUGUUCCUGGCCACCAACAGUGACUACAAAUACACAGAGAAAAUAAUGACAUACCUGUUUGACUUCCCCCAUGGUCCGAAGGUGGGAAUGCCCCAUCGGCCCUGGCAGUCCUACUUUGACCUGAUCUUAGUAGAUGCCCGCAAACCCGUGUUCUUCGGAGAGGGGACAGUGCUACGGCAGGUCGACACAACCACAGGCCGGCUGAAGAUUGGCACAUACACAGGACCGCUGCAGCACGGCAUCGUGUACUCUGGAGGUUCCUCUGACAUAGUGUGUGACCUGCUGGGGGCCAAAGGGAAGGACAUAGUAUACAUUGGGGACCACAUCUUUGGGGACAUCCUCAAGUCCAAAAAACGCCAGGGAUGGAGGACCUUCUUGGUGAUCCCUGAACUGGCUCAGGAGCUGCACGUGUGGACUGACAAGAGCUCUCUGUUUGAGGAGCUCCAGUCUCUGGACAUCUUCCUGGCAGAGCUCUAUAAAAAUCUUGACAGCAGCAGCAACGAGAGACCUGAUAUCAGUUCCCUCCAGCGCAGGAUCAAGAAAGUGACCCAUGACAUGGACAUGUGCUAUGGGAUGAUGGGCAGUCUGUUCCGCAGUGGCUCCAGGCAGACUCUGUUUGCGUCACAGGUGAUGCGCUAUGCUGACCUGUACGCUGCCUCCUUCAUCAACCUCCUCUACUACCCAUUCAGCUACCUGUUCAGAGCAGCACACGUACUGAUGCCCCAUGAGUCGACGGUUGAGCACGCCCACGUGGACAUCAACGAUACCGAGUCGCCCCUGGCAACCCGUAACCGCCACUCCGUGGACCUGUUGGAGUUAGACUGUAAGAGGCACCAGCUGACCCGCUCCAUAAGUGAGAUCCAGCCCCCAAACCUGUUCCCACAGACCCCCCAGGAGAUCACCCACUGCCACGAUGAAGAUGAUGACGAGGAAGAGGAAGAGGAGGAAGAUUUCCAGAGAAGUUUCCAGAUGGAGCUCUUCGGACCACACCUAAGAGACUGAUGGUGACUUGGCCCCCUAUAGCAUGCCUGCACUGACCUGGCAUCAUUAUGCAGUCAGUAUCACAUACAUGAGCCGUGCACGCAUAGUCUUGACAACCCCACCCUAGGCAACACAGUGACUAGGGUCUGGUUUCAAUGGUGGACUCUUUUGGCAUAGAGCAGGGAUGGGCCACUUUGAUUGGUGUGGGGGCCACAUGAGGUUCCGUUUUUCGCAGGUCUGCAUACUCACAUGUGCAUAGCCCUUUUCCCACCACAUUGCAAGCAAAACAUUUUUGCAGCCCCUCUCUUGACACCAAAGAGUUCGUUUUGUGCAAUUCUACACAUUUUGCCAUGGGGUGUAGAGAAAAUGUUGCAGUUGUAAAGCAACUUUGCUGCAAUUCUACACAUUUUGCGGGGGAGGUAAAUUGAUCCAAAGGACUUCAAAAGGGAGCGGCCCGCCAAUUGCCAAUCCCUGGCAUAGAGGAGCUACGUCACUGCCUAUGUCGAUAAUAAGGGAGGGAAAAAUCUGGGGCUUUCCCAACAAAUCACGCGGCAGACAUGCCGGAAUGUCACGAUUCAAAACCAAGGUUUGCUGGCAAAAACAUUGCAGUGCUUUUAGUUAAGGAUGCAAACGGGCCACGUGAAAUUCACUCAUUUAAAAAGAACCUCUAUGAUCGUCAUCUUGCUAGCUACUAUUUUGUAUUUUAUUCAAGUUGAUAAAGUUGUGACGUAGGCAAUGAUGUAGUUCCUCUAUGCCAAAAGAGUCUUGAAAGCAGACCCUAGCCUAGGGUCGGGUUUUCCAGACUAAUGCACUGACGCUGCCCUGCUACUGUCCCCUAGCUGUGAGUGGUGUGCCUUUUAGUUUGUUUUACUGAAUGAAACUGUUCCCUUGGUUAAAGAUGCACUAUGCAGAAAUCGCUCUGCCAUUUCCUGGUUGCUCAAAUUCGAAUAGUUUGCCUAAUGUCAGUAUAUGUGACGAAACAAGCAAGUUUAAUGUAUAGAAUCAUUGUACCAUGUAAACCGCACUGAGAUAUAUUUUCCAUAACCAAAAAUAGUAUAUUCAGCUGUUUGAAGCUGGUAUACAAAACACAAGUAAAAGACACAAGCGAAACUUCAGCACGGUAAGCAUAGAAAUAGGGCACAUAGAACAGAUCUACCGCUUCUUAGACUUGCUUUCAAUGAGAACGACAGAUCUAUAAUUCACAUUUCUAUGUGAAUUUGGUUGCGGUCGCCCAAAAAGUUACAUAUUGCAGCUUUAAUGUUUUAACCACCUAAGGAACAAUAGUAUAAUUUAUAUGGAGUCCUAUUUGCACCAGACUUUGUGGUUAUAGAAAUGCUUUUCUCUAAACUGUUAUAGAAUAGUAUUUUUAUGGAAACAGAGAGCAUGUGAUGGCUGCUGUGGAACAGUAUAAAAGUUUGUGAUCAUACGCACAUUCUUAAAAAACGUAGGUGCUGGGCUAAUAAAGAAUACUUCUGAAGAACAGGAAGGCCUGUUUAUGCUCCCAAAAAAGCUCUGAAUUGGGUGCAUAAACUGUGUGUGGGCCUUCCUGUUCUUUGCUGUGGUACAGUACACAUCUGUCUGAGGAAUGUGACAAAUAAAAGUAUCACGUUACGUGACGUUACACAGCAACUGCAGAUCCAGAGCAGCCGGCAGAAGCCGCAAUUCUCCUUUUGGCAUCUGGUUACCUGCUCUAGUUACCAGAUUUCUCCUAGUAAUUUACCAUCCCCCACUGAAUGAUAGACUACAUUUCCCAGAAUGCAGUUGUAUUCCAUAGCUCAGCCAAUCAGAGUCCCAGUCUCUACUAAGUGCCCUACACAUUAUAAAGAUUAUGGCAAUAAUAUACCCUGUAUUAUCAUUUUAAUUCAGACCAUUUCUGUAUCAUGAAAUACUGUGUAUAUCAGCCCUAUGAAACUGUUAUUGCCUUAGUCUGGUCUGGAUUUGUGAGACAAUGUAUAUACAAGAUAAGUAUAUUUUUGUGUGUUUUGAAUAAUGUUUGAAAGGGAAGACAGUCCUGGUAAAAGCUGCUUGUGUUAUUUACUGUAAAAGUGUUCUGAAGGGCUUUGAUGUUGUAGGCCUCUUCUAUGCGCAUUUCAAAUGGCUAUAGUUCAAUGACACUGCCUCAGUUCACAGCAGGCUCCCGGAGUAUCUAUAUCCAGAGACAUGCUUAAAACUCAUCAAAUUGCAGGCAUUUUGUUGAAAGCCUGAAAAACAUGGUAUUGAAAUGCAUCUGCGCUUCCGCAGAAAACAGGCUUAACAACUGUAAGUAUUCAGCUGCAUGAAUAUCUUUUUAUAAGAGGUGAAAUUCUGCACUGCAAGAAUCAUUUUCUUAUUUCUGCAAUAGUAUAGGCUAACCGAGUGUCUCUGGGCGUACGGUUAUGUAUGAGUGUUUAUGGUUUAUUAUGGUGCGUAGCAUGACCCAUAAACUGGUCCAAGUUGCCCUCACGUUUAUCUCUAACCCUCCCUAAUGUGGGUCAAAGAUCUUACUAUGUGCUAUAAGAUAUGUGCUCAUAUGAUUGGCUGUUUGUUUGUUUUAAUAACUGUUACUGUACAGUCUUGUCCUACUGUAUGGAACUGGACUGACUCCCUCUACUGGAAGUUUGAAAACUACCAUUAACUCAAAUGUUUAAAUUCAGAAGUCCCUUUACCUUGUGGCGGAUUUACCUACUGUAUAAAAGCAACGCUAACUGUGCCAAUGAAUGUCAUGCUGUUCUUUUUUUAAAUAUGUUUUCCAACUUUUUAAGAUGUAUAAUUUUUGUGCAUGAUCUGAAUCUGUUGAGUUUGGAGCUGCUUUUUGAAUUCACUGUGGAAUGUGAGACUACUUACAAAAGUACACCGUGCAAAUGGAUUUAAAGCAAUUUAUAAAAAUGUAUUUUCUUGAAAACAUUUUGUGCAUGUUCUGCAGUUGCUGUUUAAGUGUGGAAUUUGUUUCCGAGAAUGUUACUUGGGGGAAUAUCCAUUUUGAUGUUAAAUAAAAUGUAAUGCGCUGUCGCAAUAGA